GAGGAAAGGUGAAUGAACGGUAAAACCGGCAGGCAGCUUGGUGAAGUUCUGUAUCAUUUCCCACGCGUUCCUUAGAUUUUCAGUAACGAUGCAUUUGAUUGGCUAGUCUUCAGUCCGUCUAUCCAAUUAAACUCCAGUUUGCUGUUACCAGGAAGCGAGAGACGCGAUGAAAGGGGCUAACCUAUCGCUUGAACUGAUUAACGUACUUCUUGACAAACGACGAGUUUAAAGACAGCAACGAGUCACUUUUACGAAAAUAAAACUCCACGUCGAACAGUCGGAGUGACAUGUUUUCAUUGGACGAUACUGUAGCCGCCUUAAAAGGUUGCUUAACAAAAAAAUGGCAGGUAACGUUACCGUGUUGGAAGUCGGUACAGGCGUUUUCGUCGUUGCUGUCGUUUGGAUUGCAGCUCUGGUGUUUGGGAUGAUGCUGCUGAGAGCAUCUGGAUCCGCAAAGUUAGGAGUUAUCCCUGUUUUCCUCCUGGCUCUCACCAUCACUCUGGCUCUGGUGUUUUUCCCUCGCAGCCCAGAGACCACACCUGCUGUCAAAGAGAUAAAGAUAGUGGACACUUUGUUCAUCGGCCGCUAUGUGCUGCUGGCCGUGGUGAGCGCUGUCUUUCUGGUGGCAUUCUUCAUGCUGCUCCCCUUUCAUUUCCUGGAGCCAGUCUAUGCCAAAGCUUUAAGAACACAGUAGAGCUGCCACAGUCAGAGCUGGCACCAGGAUCACAUCACUGAUGUACACAACUGAUGACAAGCAGGGGCCAUCAAGAGGCCCCGCUUCAUCUGGAAACGGACUACAGAAACAGCAGGGGAGCCGCUGUUUACUUCAUGGUCAAAUGUUUGUUGGUUGUUGAAUUGUCUAUGUAUAACCAACAGAUAUCCAGCAGUACUUUUAUUUAUGUUUUAUAUCAUUGUAUGAAUAAAUAUGUUUUUUAUUUGA